GUUUGAAAGGAAACCAACUGGGCAGUGCCUGCCGGCUUUACAUCUGUUGAUCUGACCUGACUCAAGGCAUCCAAAGGAGGAUGUCUGUCAUCUUGGCUUGACCGAACCCCCAACAGCUCUCCCCAGACAUCCUGUAGAGCAUGCAGAGGGGGAAGAAACAUGGGACUAACCACCAGAACAGAAUGGACAAGAGCAGGGUGAGAGAGAAGCAAACAACACACCCGGAGACCCUUUGCAGAAGACAAUUAACAAAAUCCUCUCAGAGGGGACCCAGGGAGGUCCCAGGCUCCUGUGGCUUUCUGAUGCCAAGGGGCAGUGGGUCUCACAAACACUGUUAGCAAAUGUCAGGUGGAGUGAAAGGAGCAGGUGACUGGCAAAAAGCCUUUCAGCUGGAACGAACAGCCCAGGUUCAAUUACAAGCCUGAAGGUGCCUGGAGCGCAAGGAGGAAGCAAGCUUGCACAGGACCUGUUGCUUUGGGCAAGUGGCUGCGACAUGCUCCUGAGGAAGAGAGCCAGGAGCGGACGCUGUAGGCUUCAGUUCCUCCUGCCCUUCCUGACGCUGGGCUGUGUCCUGAUGAUGGUGACCAUGCUGCAGCCUCCCCCGCCCACCCUGCACCAGGCUGUCACAGCCCAGGCCAGCAAACGCAGUCCUGACACUGGGUAUCGCCUGGACUUCGGGGACUCUCAGGAAUGGGUUCUGGAGGCGGAGGGUGAGGAGUACAAUUUCUUGGACAGUCUGCCGCCUUUCAUCUCCCUGCAGGAGGAUCAAUUGCUGGUGGCAGUGGCCUCACCCAGAGCUAGGAGGAAUCAGAGCCAGGGCAGGAGACGGGGCAGCUACCAGUUCAUCAAGCCCUCGAGCAGGAGGCGGGAUGAGGAGGCCCCCGAGAGGGAUUGGAGGACUGAAGAAGAUGGGGAGGAAUCAGAAGAGGUGCUGACCCCCCUCAGCUGGGAUUCGGAUGGCCUCAACAAGGCGGUCGAUGCCCGCCUGCCCCUGAGGAGAGCCCUGCCUGAGGUCCGGCACCCACUGUGUCUACAACAGCGCUUUGCAAGUGGCCUGCCUACAGCCAGCGUCAUCCUCUGCUUCCAUGACGAGGCCUGGCCCAUGCUCUUGAGAACCGUGCACAGCAUCCUGGACACAGCACCUAGGGCCUUGCUGCAGGAGAUCAUCCUUGUAGAUGACCUCAGCCAGCAAGAACAACUGAAGUCUGCUCUCAGUGAGUAUGUGUCCAAGCUAGAGGCCGUGAAGUUGCUCAGGAGCUACAAGAGGCUCGGUACCAUCGGGGCCCGGAUGCUGGGGGCCGCUAGGGCCACAGGGGAUGUGCUGGUCUUCAUGGAUGCCCACUGUGAGUGCCACCGGGGAUGGCUGGAGCCCCUCCUCAGCAGAAUAGCCGACGACAGGAGCCGAGUGGUGUCUCCAGUCAUAGACGCGAUUGACUGGAAGACGCUUCAGUACUCUGCAUCCACGGAGCUGCAGAGAGGGGUGCUGGACUGGAAGCUGGAUUUCCGAUGGGAGCCCCCGGGGGAGCAGGAGCAGAAGGCCCUCCCAUCCCCCAUCAGCCCUGUCAGGAGCCCUGUGGCACCCCGAGAGGUGGUGGCUGUGGACAGACAUUACUUCCAAAACACCGGAGCUUAUGAUCCUCUUCUGUUGCCGCAGGGCAGUGACAAUCUUGAGAUAUCCUUCAAGGCCUGGCUCUGUGGUGGUUCUGUUGAAAUCCUUCCCUGCUCUCGAGUAGGACACAUCUACCAAAGCCAAGGUGCCAGCUCCAGAACAGACCCUGAGUCCAUCUUGAAGAACAAGGUUCGCAUUGCUGAGACCUGGCUAGGGCCCUUCAAAGAAACCUUCUACAGGCACCUCCCAGAGGCCUUCGCUCUGAGCAAGGUUGCAAAACCAGACUGCACAGAGCGCUUGAAACUGCAAAGGAGGCUGGGAUGCCGGACAUUCCACUGGUUUCUGGCCAAUGUCUACCCCAAGCUGUAUCCAUCUGAGCAUAGGCCCAGGUUCUCUGGAAAGCUCCACAACACUGGAUUUGGCUUCUGUGCAGACUGCCAAGCAGAAGGGGAUAUCCUGGGCUGCCCCAUGAUGUUGGCUCCUUGCAAUAACAACCGGCAGCAACAGAACCUGGAGCACACCAGCAGGAAGGAGAUUCUCUUCGGCAGCCCGAAGCACCUGUGCUUCGAUGUCAGGCAAGAGCGGGUGAUUCUGCAGACGUGCAUGGAAGAAGGCCCCGCCAUCCAUCAACAGCACUGGGACUUCCAGGAGGAUGGAAUGAUCGUCCAUAUUCUUUCUGGGAAAUGCAUGGAUGCUGGGGUUCAGCCGAACAGUAAGGAUUUGUACUUGCGUCAGUGUGAUGGUGAAACCAGCCAGCUGUGGCGAUUUGACCAGGUCCAUCCUGUGGAUGAACGAUGAGAGACAUAGAUGGGAGCAAAGCACACACUCAGCAUCGCAUUUCUGCUCUGGUGUCUCCUGAACCAGGCUCUGUGCCUGCGCUUCUGGUUAGGAGAGAGGAAAGUGCCGUAAAAACAGAAAAAUCUCUCCUUAUAUCUUGUGUCAUUGACUGUAGGCUGUUUUGGUUUUUAUUUUGUUGUUGUUUUUGUUGUGUCUCUGUAUAGCCUCGCUCUGUACACUGGGCUGUCCUGGACUCACAGAAAUCCACCUGACUCUUCCUCUGGAGUACUGGGAUCAAAGGCGUGCCCUAGCACCUCCCAGCUAUGUUGGUACUUUGUUUGCUUGUUUGUUUUUGAAAGAAAAACAAUGGAUUCAUUGUCCUCAUCACCAGAAAUGACCAUCAUGAGGUAGAGCAGACUCCCCUUCCCUCCGCCCCCCACCGCCCACUUAACAUUUGCUUUUAUCCCCAGACUGUGGCAGGCCUUGGCAUCAUGUGACAGCACUUCCAGGGGUCAUCAAAAUCCAGAAGAUAAAUGUCCUAACCUCACGGAGCCCUUACUGGGACGGAGCACAUGGCUCGUGGUGAAGGGCAUGUGACGGCCUGUCGGUCCCAACCUUUUGAUUAGGCUUAUUCACAUGUAUUUAGUGUUCAUUCCUUAAACCCCGGCUCCAACAGAAGCGGAGCAGACAGAGAGGAAUGGGGUGGGGCUGGGAGGAAGACCAAUGUUGUUCGUCUUCAGGACAGUUUCCUUGAAGCUUUCUUCCUCCAUUCACCUUCUCUAGCCCCAUCCAUUUCAGGCAUGCACAACCAGAUUUCCUUGCAAUGCCACCUGCACUGGCAUCUGACAUCGGAGCGUUGUCAUGAACAACAGCAUCACAGUAGAGAAACUCUCCUAAUGCCCUGUUAGGAGAGCAGUGUUCGCUUGACGAGGAAUAGCAGCCUUGGAAAGCGGGCAACCCUCCCCUGAAGGGAAAUGCCGGCAUCAAAAGCCAAAAUCUUCACAAGGCUAAAUAAAUCUGGCUAUUAAAUAUCCCUGACGUUUGAAAGGGCCAUCUAUGAGCCCUUAAUGAUUGUUCGAGACCCUAAAUCAGGCUUCCAGUUAAAUGCUCCCCCAGUUGAGGGGAAAUCCACCACAAGGGUUGCUGAGUGAGUUAGGGUACUUUGAGGAAAAAAAGAAAAAAAAGAAAAAAAACUUGGCCUUUUCUCUCUGGAUGGAUUUAGCUCUUUAGAUGGCAAGCUUAGAACCUUGCUGUUAAAGAUGCCUUUGUCCUCUGGGCUGUCUCAGAAUACAAUUGUUUGAAAGAAGAACUGAGGAAUAAGUGCGGGUUUCUACAAUACCUGACAUAAUGCAUAUUCCUUCUCCAUCUUCCAAGACAAUGCCCACUGCAUUUCUCCAGCCUUAUCCCAAAUGAUCCACACUGGGUUUGUGGCCAUUCUCAUGGGAAUUCACUGCAAUUCUGGAAAUUUUCAAACUCUUUCUUGGUUGUACUGGCUGCAUUUCAGGGGUUCAGUAGCCACCUUUGGCUAAUGGCUACUGAACCUGAGAACACAGUUAUAAAUAAGCCACCAUCACAAACAGUAGUACUGGCUAGCACCAGACAGGUCCACCCCCAUGAAGGGAUAGCCACUGGCUUCUUCCUUCAGACCUGGAUGAAGUGAAAAUUGUUCAAAUGACAACCUUGUAAAGGGUAGUAUGGCUGAAGAACAAACAUUUUGAAAUAGCUUUAUUUUGAAAUGAACUCCAAUAUUAGCUUUGUGAGUAGUUGAAGUUGUUGGGAUAAAUUAAUAUAAUUUAAUAAAAGACUAA